AUGCUCAUGGACGGUGGAUUGGCGGUGUUAGAAUUGCCGUUCGGAACGCUGAAUUCGAUGUCGACUAUCACCAUGCAAUCUGCCCGCGCGCAGAGAAUACGGGACGCAGCACUCAUCGUCUGGGAUGAAGCGCCCAUACCGCCGGGAAUGCAACUUUCCGUGGUUGAUCGCUUGCUGAAGAACGUCAUGCAAUCUGAUUUACCGUUUGAAGGUAAAUCUAUUUUGUUCACCGGCAAUUAUCGACAGAUAUUGCCGGUCUUCCGCCGAGGUACGAGAAGCGAUAUCAUCAGAUCAUCAAUCAAAUACAACCGUAUGUGGCGGCACAUGGAGCGAUUCAGUCUAACGCGAAACGUGCGCACUGACAACGACGAGCACUUUUCCGCCUGGCUACUCAAGCUCGGUAACAGCAAAUUAACACAGGACAGACGUUGUUUUGGACGCCGUUGUGAUUCCUCCGGAAAUAGUUUGUAACGUAUUGGAAGUAGUGAAUUUGGUUUAUCCGUAAAUGUCGUUGGCCAACGUUGACGAUUUUGCUAGGAAAAUUAUUGUCUAUUCUAGAAACGAUGAUUGCAAAGAAGUAAAUUGUGUAGUGUUGGACGCUCGCGUAGUGGGUAACGCCAAGAUGUACACCGCCAUCGACACCACAGUAGUCGGUGACCUUAACGAAGUAGACAAUUAUCCCAAAUAUAUAGUUUCUCAACACGCUGGAACCGGACGGACUCCUACCGUACAAAUUGGUGCUGAAAGUCGGCGCCGUCGUCAUGUUACUGACUGCGGAACCUCGAUUCUAUGA